CUCAGCCAAUCGCCGCUCUCCGGGAGCGCCCGGACGCCAGUGGGCGGGGCCUCGGGCGACGCCCCACGGGCCCCUGGGAGCAGUAGCGGGCGCAGCGCGGGGCCGGUCCGGGGCGUGCCGGCUGGGCCGCAGAUGUCAUGUGGCCUGUGCUUUGGACCGUGGUGCGGACCUAUGCUCCCUAUGUCACCUUUCCUGUGGCCUUCGUGGUCGGGGCUGUGGGCUACCACCUGGAAUGGUUCAUCAGGGGAAAGGACCCUCAGCCCGUGGAGGAGGAAAAGAGCAUCUUGGAACGUCGAGAGGACCGAAAGCUAGAUGAGCUGCUAGGCAAGGACCACACUCAGGUGGUGAGCCUUAAGGACAAACUGGAAUUUGCCCCCAAAGCAGUCCUGAACAGAAACCGUCCAGAGAAGAAUUAAUGGAGGGCCCAGGUCCCUGUGGUCCACAGGGCUGUGAUGUGCCCUGCCGCCAUGUCAACCCAGCUUCAGAACAUACAUCUGAUUUGCUUUGCUGCUCACUCCGGCCCCUUCUGCACCCCACAGCCACACACACACUGGUUGGCCCUUUAUGGCUGUGCAGCUGCAGCAGUAGGGGCCGACCAAGAGGAAGACUGCGAAGAGGAAGACUGCGUCUGCUGAAUGGGCUGUCUGACAACAGUGCAGGCUUCUGAUUUUACCUGGGAGCUCCAGCUCAGGGGGAUGAACACUGCUCUCGGGCUCCCUGGGGAGGGGCGUGGCCUCAACUGGGAAUGGUUGGGGUUUGUUGUUGCCAUUAGGAGGGACAACCUCCAUGUCUAGUUCUAGUUUUUGCACUGGAAAGAAUCAGAAAUCUCCCUGGCUCCCUUGAUGGGUUUUUCCUAUUCUCUGGCACAUGUGUCCCUUUAUCGGCUCAGGAGUAGAUUCUCAGGGGAAGGAAAGCAUGUUUCUGCUGUGGGGAGCUCAGGCUGUUUACCUUGGGGCAGAAGGGGUGUACACCUGGAGAUAAUCACUGUCUUCCACCCUUCCUCACUGUGUAGUGAGAACCUCAAUUAAAGUGGCGCCUGAGACACA